GCCUACCACAACUUAAGGAAAAACUUUGAGAGUAACAAACAAAUAUAAUUGAGUGUGGGAAUAGAGGAGAGAACAACAAUCGGCGGUGGAUAUGAAAGGUGAGGGCGGUGUGUCGGCUCCUCAGCCAAACCUUAUUGCAAAUAAUUAACAAUUAGUGUAUACUUACGUUGAGGGGCACAAGGCGAGCAGUGUGUACCAUUGUUGAUGCGGUAUAAGUAAAAAGUUGGUAACGUCAAUUCGGCUCGGAUGACUGCCACCAAAGUCUGAUUUGCCUAUCAAAAUACAGCCUAUAGUAACGGCGCACACCUCUUCAGCUUCUCCUACGUUUUAUACGCAUUUCGGUGAAUCGCGCAAAGUAGCUGGCUGUUAUUUCCAAAAAUACGAGUUUCUUGACGUUAAACGUUAGCCGAACUUGUAGGGUGUUGGUAUAAAGCUUUACUUUCAUGGUUUCUAAAUAUUUUGGGGAGUAAUUUUUAAAUGGCGUCCGAGUAAAGUAAAUUAAGAUUUUGAAGAGUGUUUUGGUGCUACGCGCUAUUUUGCUAUUUUCUGACAGAAAAUCUCUUUUUACUUUCUUUAACAGCCAACGGUGCCAUUUAUUGUUGAUAUUUGCUGUUAGAUACAUAAAGAAAUGCUCUUUCUUCAGCAAUCAUCUCGCACACAAUCAUCUCAUGUUAGUGAUGGUCUGCUCUGCUUUUAUAAAUCAUACAGAAGCAUGGGCAUCAUUUCUGUGCGUUUCACAGUAGUUGAGGCCUCACAGGGGCUUUAAUUGAAUAAAUAAAUAGACAUAAAAUCAAACUGUUUGCUGUCAGUCAAAUGUUUACUUCUCGAAGACAUCAUUUAAACUGGUUAGAGUUUAGUUUAUUUUGAAUAAACCUUAUCAAUGAAAUAUUUAAAGACAGAUGUUCAGGUGACCUUAUAGCAUCUUGUAGACCACAGCAGGAUUUGAAAUCAUAACAGUAAAUUUUCUGGCUGUGUCUCUGUUGAGUUAAGGUGAUCCCACACGGAUGUUUGACAGUGUUGGAACAUUUGGUCUGGCUGUUUUGCAUCUCAUUUCCCUUUUUAAACAAAGCGGACAAAGCAAACUUCUGUCCUGUUGACUCCUGCUGAAACAUGAACUUACUCUUGUGUGGUGCAGAGUUACUUAUUCAGAGCAGCGUACAGUUAUUACAAAAAUUAUUUAAUUAACAAGGAACCUAGUCCUGAAUUGCUGAAUGUUAGACACGUUUGUGGUCUCCUGCAUCUGAAGGUAGGUCUAUUUUAAUAAAGAGGUUCUUUUUUACUUUGUGAGAUUUUAUUUAAUUUGGGCAAAGCAUUUAUAGUCAACAUUUUAGCAGUAAUGUAAUGUAAAUGUACAGGAAUUAGCACAUUAGCUAAAUCUCAUCUGUAGUACUAAGGCAGGUAAAACAGAAAAGUUUUACAGUCAGUAAUGCUUUAAGUUUAUUGCUGGAUGAGAAUUUCUGUUGGCAAUCACAUAUACAUUAUACAAAGGCAAAAUAGCAAAAAGUAAAGGAUUCACUGGAUAACAAGGCAUUGUACAUUUUAUACAGCACAAUGAUUGUUCCAUAUCUGACCUACUGCAUUGAAGUAUGGGGGAAUUCCUGUAAAACAUAUACUCAGUCAAUUUUCAUUUCAGAGCAAUAAGAACAAUAAGUAGAAAACGAUAUAGAGAUCCAACAAAUCCAUUAUUCCUUCAGUUAAAAUUGUUGAAAUUCCAUGAAUUAAUAGAUAAUAGUAUCCUGGAAAUUAUGCUGAAAGCUCAUAAAUUUUUUUUGCCAUCAACAUUCAGAAAAGAUUUGAAUAAAGAGAAAGCAAGCAUAAUUUACAGGGAACAGAGAUCUUUAAAAAACCAAGAUUCAGGACUAAAUUGAUGGAACCUUGUAUUUCUGUAAAAGGAAUCAGUUCAUGGAACAAUCUGAACAAAGACAUCAAAGAAUCCAAGUCAAACAUUACAUUUAAAAGAUUAAUUAAAGCCAGUAUGUUAAGGAAAUAUGCGGAAAUAUGUUAGUUAUAUCUGAUUGACAUACCAUUGUAAUUUUGUUGUUGUUUGAGUGGCAUUAAUUGAAUUGUAACUUGGGAACUAAAUGGUAAAUGACUGUCUGUGGUGGCCAACAGCUAUAUUUAUAAUUUUAUUUCAUUAUAUAUAUAUAUAUAUAUAUAUAUAUAUAUAUAUAUAUAUAUAUAUAUAUAUAUAUAUUUGUUGUGUUUUGUUUAAGCUGUUGUUGUUUUUUUAUUUAAUUUAAUUUCAUUUAAUUAUUUUAAGCUUGUUCUUUGUAAAUUGAUUUCUGGGGAUAAAGGGGCAGAUAAAAUAAGAUUAAUCUUCUUUUUGCUCCCUUUCAUUCUAGAUAGGAGAACGUUUGUAUUUAAAUUAAAUUGUUUCUUUUUAUUUUUAAAGGAAUGAAAUAAAGAAUAAAUGAAAUGAAGACUGAGGCUGCACAGGAAGCCACCUCAUCCUCCCUCCAUCUUUCAUCAGCCUUGUCUCUCUUCAUAAAUUAAGGACUGACACCUUCCAAUGUUCUUCCUCCUCAAAGCUCUGCUCUGUUUUUAACAAAUCCACUCCAUCAUCAGUCAUGAAUGCCUACAGAGAGACAAUCCUGGACUCUCAUUCCAAGAGUCAGCCUUCAUCUUCCCUUCCAGACCCUCAUUCUUCCCAUGAUCUGUCUGCUGAAGUCACGUUACCGCCCUCUGGGGUCAUCCAGAUUGAUCAAAACUCUGUGUCAGAGUUAAGCAGUGACCCAGCUUUCUCUGUGGCCCCCGCCACAGAUGGAGGUCAAAAUGUGGUCCAGAACUCAGUCCACUCAGACUCUUCACCUCCAGUCCUCCAGCCAAGCCUUCCUGCAAACUCAUCUCCACUAAACCCCUAUCCUGCUCCUGCCACACCCCCCUCCUACCAGGUCUCUGUCAUCAUCCCAUCUCCAGACCUCUGCCCAUCUCCCCUCCAGCCUCAGCACGCCGAUGACUCCUGCCCGGACCUGGAGUGCUCCAUCUGCUUCAGCCAGUUCAACAACAUCUUCCGUUGUCCCAAGAUGCUGCAGUGCAAGCACACGUUCUGCCUCGAGUGCCUGGCACGCAUCAACGUCAAGUCGGCUCAGCCCAGCGCCAUCCAGUGCCCGCUGUGUCGCAGCUUCACGCCCCUGCCUGACCUGGGCCUGCCGAAGUUAGCGACGGACUCAGAUGUGCUGUCAUACCUACCUGCUGCCAUGCAGAGAGUCUACAGCAUCCGCUUCCUCCGAAACAAAGGGAAGCUGCAGGUCAAAAGGUCAGACUGCCUCACAUUUAUUCAGUGUCCUUCACAUGCACUCCUGAGCCUUUUAAGUAUGUGGCGUAGUUGUUCAAGUGAAGCAGUUUCUCUGCUUUAUAAUCGCCUCAUUUGUCCAUGUCGCGUCUUUUCCUGAAAUGCUAGUCUACCCUAAAUUUAGUUUUAAAGCUCUUCUGUGAAUGUUUUAUUCUGUCAGCUGUGUCCUCUGCAGCCAUGAGACCAACAAUGCAAAUUAAAUGAGGUUUUCUAUUGCAGUAUGCUAUUUACCCAGAAAAUGGCGCCUUAAAAAAGAGCAGCUGCUUCACUGCGGAAGGAGGAGUAUCAAGCAAACUUCUGCCUAGAAUAAUUAUUUCUUUGGAAAAAGGAAUGAAUAUACUCACAGAAAUGAGGUUUUUGAUUAAUUUGGUCAAUCAGUGAAAAGAUCUUUUUGUGCUGUUAGACUGACAGCACUAUGGUGAGAUAAUCAUUAAACUAUAGUGUAAAAUUACAGCAGAGACUUUAAGUGAUGAGAUCCUUCACAAAAUGAAUAGUUAACAAAUUUAGCAGCGUACGUCUGUUCUCGUUUGUCUGUAUUAUUAAUUCUAAGAAAGAUGCAGAUGAAUCUCAGUGCUGGUUAAAUCUAUGGUAAAUAGACUAUCAAAAUGUCCCUCUAAGUAACCGAAAGUAAAACAGGCUGUCAAACAACCAGCAGGAACUUUUUAUUACUUAACAGAGAUAAGUUUUUACAGUGAAAUUGCAGGUCAAAGUCUGUUUCUAAUGAAACUUGUUUGUUUGGCUGGAACAAAAAACUGCUGAUCAUUAACCCAUUUAAGUCUCCAAACAAGCAAGUGUUCAAGUUUUGCUAUUUUCCCUGCUAUAAGAUACGUAAAGCCUUAUCUCAUCUUAAGUCUCUGUAGAAAAGGAUAUGAAACACAGCUGCGUGAUUCUGCCGUCAAAUAAAACCUUUGUUUCCACAGCAGAAUAUUCACACAUUAUAAUUAAAUGGCAAUUAAAAUGCCAAAGACUUGCUGCGUUUGAUCAGCAACAGAGCUUUAACAAUAAUCCAAUGAGGGAAAAAUCAUUUCAGUAUUUGCUGCUGCUCUCCUGUCUUGGCCUUUAUGCCUGCACAUAUAGCGGAGAGGAGGUGUGCACUCCAUGCUGUAGGCUUUGGUGUUGGGUAGGGAGCUCUCAGAACAGAACCUUACCGAAGUAGAACUGAUAAAUAACUAUUCUUAGAACAGUGGUUCUGACUGAAAGACCAUUUUGGUUUUAUUAGGUGCUUUUUGUUUCUCUUUCAGGUCGACUGAUGGUCACCGCCAGCAGGGUCACAGGUCACUGACAUCUCUGAGGUCAGCAAAUCGCACUCUGGAUGUAGGGCUUCCCAGCCCACCUGCAGGGGUUAGCGCCAGCAGUGAAUCUGGUGGCUGUGGUGAAGCUCUGUUCAGACUGACGGGCCAGCCGGUGUGCAGAGCCUUCCUCCUGACAUCUGUGGUGAUGAUGGCGGUGCUGCUGACGGGCAUCGUCAUCUUCCUCCUCACUUUCAACAAACACAGCGGGUGACAUCACUUCCUGUCUCCAGUCGUGAUGCAAAAAACCUGAUCGAACAGUGAAGUUUCCUAAAUGCGGAGGCAAUUGUGGGUCUGAAUUUAAUUAAUGAGCAACAUCUGUUUCACUGCUGCUGCAUACAGACAAACGGAUCCAGAUGUGCAAUAAAAGCCCUGGUUCAGGGCUGUUGUGCAAUAACUGCAGCUUUAACUCUCUGACAUCUGAUGUCAAAACACAGAGAAGAGGGGCCACUCUGAAACCAACACUGCGAAUCAAGCAGAGAAAGUGAGAAGACGUGGACUUUAAUCUGCCCCAAACCUUGAAAUGAUGCUUCUGUCACAGCUGAGGGAAGGUAGAAUAUUAGUCACUUCUCUUGUUCCUAAAUCAACUGGAUGGUGUUAAAGCAAACAAAAAAACAACAUUUAAGCAUUUUUUUUAUCAAUUCCCACUGAGCAACAGUAUAUUUAAAUCUCCAUGAGAGCACUUUAAUUGUUGUCUAAAGCCUCUUUAUUCCACUACAGGCUUAAAAAAACACAAAUUAAUAAUUUGCACUUGAUAAACCUGUCUGCAGGUGGCUCAAGAGUUCCUUGUUCUGGCGGCCAUAAGGAGCAUUUCUUGUAACCAGAAGUUGGAUGUUUUACUCUGUUUAACUUCUAGUUUCCACUAAGCUCCUCUCUGUUGACAUUAGUGUCAGUUUCCUCUUUCUAGAGCUGUGACUUCACCCUCACUUCUAACCAAAUGUUGUAAACAGGAGCCAUGCAAAUAGACUGAGCUGCAGUGUGAGGCUCAGAGCCCCGGGCAGUGGAUUUUCAUAGAUGCUGUAACACUGAUAUGCAGUGAUGCAACAGUCAGAGAAACUCCUGAACAACAAUAACUUAAUUCAAAUGAUGUAAAAACACUACAGCCCACUAUGGGAUCCUUGCAGUAAUGUUAUCAGACAUUUUCACAAAAACUAGCUCUGUUAGUGGCCAAAACAUCAGUUCUAGUGGACCUGUGUUUGUUCUAAAGAGUUAUGCUGCAGUCGUCAUAGUCCAAGGUCAAACGUUUUGUACUUUUUAGUCUGUUAUGCAUCAACAUGUGCCAAAAAUGAGGCUCAGAGUCAAAAAUCAGAGAAGCUUCAGGAAGGAAGUAUAGUUCUCUAGAAUUUGGAUGUCCACACACAAAGCAAAGCAGAAAGAAUUUGUUAAAGAUGUCCAAACAUCAAAAUCCUUCCUAUAAAUAACCCUCAAAGGUAAAUUUGUAUGUGGUUUGUAAUGUUGCAUUCAGCGCAACAGCUGCUGUGUCACACCUGCAGGAGGCCGUGAGUCUCUGAGAGCUGCACAGGUAUCAGGUACUGAGGGACCAUGUGUGUCUGAUUCAGCCACUAGAAUACAAGUGAGAUUUCAGCUGACCAAACAACAGACCAGCAACCCAAUUCAUACUUGAAACAAUCCUAAAUGUUCAGAGAACAGCUUCACUCUGGUUUUUGAAGAGGAGACUUCAUUCACUGUGCUGUCCUGACAACUCAUUUCAUAAGAUUAGAUCAUAGAUUUUAAGAGAAUAAUCCUGAAGGUGAAUGUAUGGUACAUGUUGCGAAACUAUGUCUGAGAGGGAGGACACGUUUUAAUCAGAUCUUUUUCUACUUUUCUGUCUUUUAACCUUGACCUGUUUUAUUCUGUGAUGUAAAAAUAAAUAAUUUUAUAUAUUUAUACACCUGUUUUAGCAAAGCUCG